AUGAUGGUUACGUUAGUUGAAGGGGACUACACUCAGGACCACCAGGUCUUUCUCGAAGAGAACGGUAUAGAGCAUCGUCGCAUUCUUAUCCUGGCAAACAAGGAUCCCACGAUUCGAACUCCGGACCAUGUCGUGAAUCGAGUCCUGGAAAUUAUGCUCAACAAGGCCAAUCACCCACUCCUUCUACACUGCAACAAGGGGAAGCACCGGACUGGAUGCAUUGUCGGCUGCUUUCGGAAGGUUCAGGGCUGGGACAUGCCAGCUAUUCGCAAGGAAUACAUCAAUUUUUCGUGGCCGAAAUCAAGGCCCCUCGACGAACGAUUCAUUGAACUUUUCGAUGACACCAGACUCAGACCCCUCGCUGUUUCUUCUGGUGCAAGCUCAUGGCCGGCUGGUGUAAUGCUCAAUCCGCUUCGCGAAGAAGUAGUCGAGGACGAAAAUACCCCGAGAGGCAGUAGACAUUCUUCUGCCAGUGUAUUUCACAAGUCCGACGCUAUGUGA